AUGAUCAAUCCUGAAGAAAACAAUUUUUUAUCUGUAGAAUCAAAUAUAAUUACACCCAAUAAUGACUCUUCAAAUGUGCAAGAGUCAAAUAGUACUGGACAACAACAACAAAAUAUUACUGAUCUUAUCAAUAAUAACGCUUCAAUAGAUGAUAUCCUCUCUAAUAGAAGUCCUGGUUUGAAUAAUAACAAGGAUCGCAUAAGUAAUAAUACUCAGCAGCAUGAGAACAACGGUUCUGUCACCACUAGUAUUAAUAAUCAGAAUACAAACUUUGUUACCGAUAUUAACACCCCUCUAUCAAAGGCACAAGAUUCAAUAACCAAUCUAUCAGAAACAGUAUUAAAUAAUAAUACUAAUAUUACUACUACUCAUAAUAUAAAUGACCAGCCUAAUAUACAGACAACCAAACUAGAGUCUGAUAAUCGAUCGAUUGAAUUAUACAUCUUGAAUGAAUUGAAUAAUAAUAACCAAAAACAGAAUAUUAACAAUCAGGGUAAUAAUGAUAAUAAUAAUAAUGAAACAUCUAAUGCCAAAAAUGAUAAUAAAUUCACGUCUCAAUUCACUACAGCAACAGAAGAUUUUCCUCCCUUUAUUGACGCAAUUAGUUCAACCAUAAAUAAUAAUAGAUCCUUGCCUACUAAUAUCAAUAAAAAAUUGACUGAUGAAGAAAGGCCUGUUAGAAUAUCACAAAAUGCCACAAAGCAAAUGCCACAACGACAACAAGAAACAAGCACUGAUAUUAAUCCAACAUCUUUACAGACAUCUGAAGUUAUAGUAGAUGAUCUACCCUUUAUCAAUGGCCUUGAUACUUCGCUUGAUCAACCUAACUUACAGUCCACAGUAUAUACCAAUAAUAAUAAAAACCAGAAUGAUGACGGUGCUGAUAAAAAUAAUGAUACUAGUAAUAAUAAUACAAAUAAUCAAAAUAACGAUAUAAAUGCAACUACAAAUACAAAUAAUGAUGAUGAUCCCUAUGUAAAUGAACAACCUUAUUACGUAAAUGCAAAACAAUAUUAUAGAAUAUUGAAAAGACGUUAUGCCAGAGCUAAAUUGGAGGAAAGAUUGCGUAUUUCAAGAGAAAGAAAACCAUAUUUACAUGAGUCAAGACAUAAGCAUGCCAUGAGAAGGCCUAGAGGUCAAGGUGGCAGAUUCUUGACUGCUGCUGAAAUCAAGGCUCUAAAGGAAAAAGAAGCUAAAGAAAAAGAAUCACAACAAAAAGAAAGUGACGGAACAAGAUCAGUAGAUAAAGAUAAUAACACUGGUGACACUAGCUGCAAUAAUAACAGCAAUAAUAAUUGUCAUGAUGACAAUACUGGUAAACAAAAUAAUACAGAAUCAAGAAUUGGCAAUAUCAGUACUUCUGAUAGUAUAAAACUAAAAAGUCAAUUAACGGUAAAUAAGAUAGGUAAUAAUACCACAGACUUUCCUGUAAAUAAAUAA